AUGGACAAGAGACAUGGUGAGCGAAUAUUGAUCCCGAAACUCGAUGGCAGGACCCUAACCCCGAUAGACUACACAGCCCUGUCGUUUAUCGUGACUACUCCCACCCAGAAACAAACCAGAUGCCAAAGCCGGCAGAUAAAGAAGCAUGCUGCUAAAGUAUGUCCUCCGCGGCAGCGUCCACGAAAACCCAGAUCACGGGGACCGUCAAAACACAACGAGCACACGCGAACAAUUAAUAGAGUAUUGGCCCCGGCUGAGCAGAAGAGAGUAAUGCCGACAUCCAGUUAUGCACCAAUAUUAGAGCUAACAAUGACCAUUACCUCUGGGGAAAGCGUGUCCUCUUCUGGCUACAUGUUUGUCUGGCCCCAGUCCGCCCCAACUCUGAUGCCUACCCCGGCUUAUCCUACUACAGUUUUCUCUCUGGUAUCGCCAGAACUGUAUCCUCAAGAGCUCUGCAUUGAGCCUGACGGGAAGAAUGAUGUGUACUGGAUGGGGACAGCCUUUCACGACCAAGUAUACCUGCAUGCCAUUCUUGCAUUAACUGGAGUUUUCUUCGAUACACACCAAGUGGGAAGUCACACUUCCGAGCCUUACAAACAUUCCAUCAAAGCACUUCAACUUCUCCAAGACCGGUUGUUCGUCAUGAAGGAAUCAGACUGCUUUUCAGACGCGACUAUCAUGGCGAUAUUCGCCUUGGCCUCCGCGGCCGAUAUUGCGGAUGACCUACCAACCGUUGAGCGUCAUCUCCGUGGCUUGAAAAGAAUCAUCGAUAUUAGAGGUGGGAUGGGGAGCCUACGCACCAAUACCCCUGACCUUCUUGGCAAGAUCUGCAGACUUGACCUCAGCCUGGCUGUGAAGACUUGGAGGCCACCCGUGUUUUUCAAUGAAUUGAUAUCCUGGGGUCCCUACCUCGUGAUAUCCCGCGCCCCUCGAGACGCCAACGAUGAGACGAUAUCCUGGUGGAUCACUGACAACCUGGAACCGAGGCUGUGUACAAUAUGGGAGGACUUGAGACAGUUUCGCAGAAUGAGCAUCUUCGCCAACGAAACGAGCCAUAAGAUUCCAAAGGACACGUUUAGCGAACUGAUGGUUUCCCUCUUAUAUCGCCUCGUCAAUCUCUCCUAUGACUUGGACUCGCCCAACGAAGUAGUACGGCUCGGCAUGCUAGGAUAUGUAUCCUCCAUCUUCCUUCAAUGGGGGAAAGGGGUGGAGUUGCACCACUUACGGCGCAUGCUAGGAGCAACUUUGAAAGCGAUUCGUCCUGGAAUAAGUGACAUCCCCACGCCGGCAAGAUUGUGGCUGUUCCUCACGUGGCAUCUUCUCCGUCCCCCGGAGCAGGAGAUGGGGAUGUUGGACGGGUUGCUUGGAUCAAUGUCUCGUGAUGACACCCCGUUGAUUUGGUCUCAUGUACAAGGUUUGCUUCGAUCAUCUGUGUGGAUUGGCCAUAUGCAUGAUACGGAAGGGGAAGCCGUAUAUCGGCGUGCGAUUCUGCGGAUGUCAUCAACGGAAUAA